CCUGCCCAAUAAUCACGUUGAAUUGUGACAUCUUGGCUCGGCAUCAUAUAUGUGACGCAAUCGCUGUUUUCUCCUUUCUGCACAUUUGGUAUGCGAUGCUCUUGAAAUUUCGCGACGACUCCUCUCCCUCUUGCCGCUCAAUUUCUUCCUAUAUUUCAAUUUCAAUUUAAUUUUCCAGCCCUUUAUCUCUUUCUCUACUCUACCCCAGAAAUAUUCGUGUUUCACAUCUUCUGUAUAUACGUGUAUCUAUAGCCGGUAUAUAAUUUGGACGGAGAAAUAGAAAGGAGGGGGGCGGGGGGCGGGGGCGGGUAUAGAGAUCGCUGAAAAAAGAAAAAGGGGAAAAAAUGUCACCGAUCGUGGGUUCAAAGCAAGCGGAGCAACUGAAGCAAGAUGGCAACAGUUACUUUCAAAAGAAUCGAUUUGGGGCUGCCAUAGAUGCUUAUACUGAGGCUAUUACAUUGUGCCCUAAUGUUCCAAUAUAUUGGACUAAUCGUGCCUUGUGCCAUCGGAAGCGAAAUGACUGGCAAAGAGUGGAGGAGGAUUGUAGAAAGGCUAUUCAGCUUGAUCACAAUUCUGUAAAGGCCCAUUAUUACCUUGGUCUUGCAUUGCUACAAAAGGAAUUGUAUGCUGAAGGUGUCAGGGAAUUGGAAAAGGCGUUAGACCUUGGAAGAGGUGCGAAUCCAGGAAGUUACAUGGUUGAAGAGAUAUGGGAAGAGCUUGCGAAAGCAAAGUACUUGGAGUGGGAGCAUGAAUCUACAAGACGCUCCUGGGAACUUCAGAACUUGAAAGAAUCCUGUGAGUUAGCUCUCAAGGAGAAACAUAUGCUCGAUAGUUCUCAGAUAGAAGGGCUCGUAGAUGAGAACUCAACGUCUCUUUUGAAGCAACUGGAAGCUGUAGGCAAAGUUUUCAUGAGAGCUGCAGAAGAUGAUACUCCAACUGAGGUUCCUGAUCACUUGUGCUGUAAAAUCACUCUUGAUAUUUUUCGUGACCCUGUCAUCACUCCCAGUGGGGUUACAUACGAGCGGGCAGUGAUCCUUGACCAUUUGCAGAAGGUGGGAAAAUUUGAUCCAAUCACACGAGAACCACUUUAUACGUCCCAGUUGGUGCCAAAUCUAGCCAUAAAAGAAGCUGUACACGCAUUUCUGGAUAGGCAUGGCUGGGCAUACAGGAUAGAUUGAAUUUUCAUUGGUAUGAUCGAUAUCAUCUGAUGCAUGUCAAUGAUGGUGCUAGUGAAACCAAGAACAGAGCCAGAGGGAAAGGAGGACACGGCUUUUUGUGGGAGUCAUCCGGCUAACAGCUUCCAGUAUUAUUGAAUAUUAACAUGGUUUCCCAUGUUAAUCACAGUUGUACAGUGUAGUGCUUUUGUAAUGGCUUGUUGGUCUUCAUUAAUUGUACAGCAAAAAAAUCACCAGUUUUUUGUGAGAUGUUACAGUUAACACUAUUGAUCAAAUGAAACAAUGGUCUUUUGAUAUACAAUGUCUGUUCCUGUG